GAAUACCGCCUGCGAGUUCAGUGCGUCCGCGAUCGUCCGUCAAGCGGAGUUCGUCAACGUAGACAGUAGCUGCCAAAGUUAGCUACCACGUGCAGCCGGUAGCACCGAGAGUAAAGGACAAUUCUAAUUUCGUUUGAUGCUUUACUAAAAUUACAAGUCUUCUUCUUUCCGUUCUCGAAGUUCAGUACCAUGGAAAUAUAGUGUCGCAAUAUUUCAAUAUAUUUGGCUAUUUUUGCUUCUAGUGUAUUUUUAUACCUAACUCGGUUAAUCUUCUAUCCGGCUUUCGUUUUCUUAGUUUGAGUGGAAUUGCAAAAACCGAUGAUCAGUGAUUUAUAUAAAUAAGUGUGCGGUGAUACGGUUCAAAAUGCAGAUCCACGUAGUGAUGCUUUUUUGCGCUUUUACAAGCAUCACAAUACCGUGGACUAAUGGGUUCAACGUUGAGACUAAACACUGCACAAUUUACAAUUGGGCCGAAAAUUCCAUGUUCGGAUUUGCAGUUUCCGAACAAGUGGAUAGAUAUAAUCGUGGAUGGGUUAUAGUCGGUGCGCCAGCUGCCCAAACUAGGCAAGAGGGCGUGGAAAAAGGAGGUGCAGUAUACACCUGUCAUUUCGCUACUGACAACAACUGUUCGCAGAUCAACUUCGACCCAGAGGGGAACAUGUGGAACGCGAAACCAGGGGCGGCCUACCAAGUGGACAACAAAACGGCCCAAUGGUUCGGAGCGACAGUUUCAACGACGGACGAGGUGGACGGACCCAUACUGGCCUGUGCACCGAGGUACUUAUGGUUCACCAGUUCCUUCGCGGCACGAGAACCGGUCGGCACUUGCUACAUUACCAGCCACAGUUUUAGCGGUUCGAAAGAAUUCUCACCCUGCAGAACGAGACUCACGGGCUACCACAGGCAGGGAUCUUGUCAAGCUGGAUUGGGCGCCGCCCUCUCAAAGGAUGGUAAAAGAGCGUUCAUUGGUGCCCCUGGUAGCUACUACUGGCAAGGUCAGGUGUACUCAAUCGCCAGCGAAGCUGAAUUUGAAUAUUUACCCCUCGGACGCGGAUUCUUCGGAUCUGAAGGUCAAGUAUUUUCAAGUGGAUCGGGAGGUGAACCGCCGGUGUCAUUCACGAAGGAAAGCGGACCCGAAGAUGACGACUCUUACCUUGGCUACUCGGUCGCUUCGGGUGAUUUCGAAGGCAACGGAGAACAAGGAGCAGCCGUUGGUAUGCCCAGAAGCUACAAUCUACAUGGAAAGGUUGUACUACUAAGAUCGGACAUGACGACCUGGCACGCUAACUUGACCGGCGACCAGAUGGGCGCUUACUUUGGAUACUCGGUUAUUGCCUGCGACGUAAACGGAGACGGCCUGGACGAUCUGGUUGUCGGAGCGCCUAUGUUUACGAUAGAAGACGACCCGAAGAUGACCUAUGAAACCGGGAGGGUUCACAUAUUUUACCAAGGGAUGGUAGAGGAUCCUGUUCAGAAGUUCAGCGAGUCGGAAACCAGAGACGGCGUGGAGAACAGAGGCAGAUUCGGACUAUCCCUGGCUUCGCUGAAGGACAUUGAUCUCGACGGUUAUCAAGACUUCGCGGUUGGCGCUCCUUACGGUGGUCCGGACGGCCGGGGUGCGGUCUACAUCUAUCACGGUUCGAAGACCGGUGUUUUGGACAAGUACUCCCAGGCGAUAUACGCCUCGGUAAUGGAGCGGCCGGUCUCGACCUUCGGGUUUUCUAUCGCCGGCGGUAAGGACCUGGACGACAACUAUUACCCGGACAUCGUCAUCGGUGCUUACGAAUCCAGCAGCGCAGCCUUUUUCCGUUCGCGACCGGUAAUCAAGAUAGAAGCCUACGUGGAGUUCAUUUCUCAGUCCAAGUCCGUGUCGCUCGAGAAUCGAGAAUGCACCCUGAGUGACAGAACCACCGUGUCUUGUCUUAUGCUAAGUGCUUGCCUAAAGUAUACUGGCCGGGGGGUGGCACCGAUAUUCCGUUUCAACGUCGAGUACGUCCUAGACACGAAGAAGCCGAAUAACCCUCGGCUCUUCUUCAUCGAGCACGAAUCGAGGAGUUCGAUCAAUCAGUCGUUUGAACUGAGCAGCAACAAUUUGUUAUGCAAGAAUUUCAGCGUCUACGUAUCUCCGAAUAUCAGGGACAAGCUGACGUCGAUAGACGCCGAGAUGCGGAUCAGCCUAGUCGAGCAGCAAACCUUCGCCGAGGAAAGGCGAAACCCAUUGGCCGAGCUGAGACCGGUGCUCGGUGCGUCGACGUCGCAGCCCGACUCGAUCUCGAUAAUGAAGAGCUGCGGCCAGGACAACGUCUGCAUACCGAAUCUCGAGUUGUACGCGACAAAGAGCGUCGAGAAGUAUCUCCUGGGUUCCGGAAACAGGUUCGAACUCGAUAUCGUGGUACAGAACACGGGAGAGGACGCGUUCGAGGCUACCUACUAUCUGCAGUUGCCCAAAGCUAUCGACUACAUUAAAGUUGAGCAGAUCGACAAGAACGAGAUACUGGUACUAUGCUCGGCCCCGAACUUGAAGAACAACAACACGCUGAAAUGUGAGAUCGGUAACCCAAUGCCGAGUGAAAAGCUGGUCCACUUCAAAGUUAUACUUCAGCCGAUAACCACUCAGGAUAUGAAACUGAGCUACGACCUUGACAUGACCGUCAACACGACGAACCCCGAAGAAGAUGGGACUCGGGCGGACAACACCGUCCGUUUGACAAUGCCGAUUUGGGUACAGACCGAGCUCUUCAUCGAAGGUAAGAGCAAGCCCAAGGACCUGUACUUCAACUUCGAGAAUUACACGUCGGAAAACAUCACUACCGAAUUGGAAUUCGGACCGCUUCUUACGCACAAUUAUACCAUACGAAACGACGGUCCGUCCCAAAUUCUCGAGGGGGAGGCCUUCCUGAUAUGGCCAGCGCAGACCCUCGCCGGUGAAGAACUCAUCUACUUGCUCGAGCAGCCCGAGACAUCUGGAAGGAUCGAGUGCGCGACUGCAAACGCUAAUUACCUCAGUCUGACGCUCGACGACAAGCGCAGAAGACAGUCAUAUGCAGGUAUGGUCGGAGGAUACUCGAACGGUGGAAGCUUCGACAGAACCAAUCAGGUUACAGCGGAUGAAAGACGCUGGCAACAGAAUGAAGGUCAGACUAACGACGAUCUUCUGGUCGUGAAGAAUUCGAAGACGCAGACCAGCGGUGGAUACUCGAAGAGCCAUACGGCAUCCGAAAACUACAAAGUCGAAAGCGGUGGCCAGAACAAUUUCGCGGUUGAAGAUCGUUCUUUCAACGGCGGCGGAAGUCAGUCGACGGAAGUGUUCACGGGGUCGAAUGAGGGUUCGACUCAGAUCCACGGCACUAGAUUCGAGGAACCAAUGGAACCGGGAAUGGAAAGAGGUCAGAAGUACAAGAGCGAAACUACUUACUCGGAAACUCGUGGAAGUGGUAACAAUAAGAAUUUCGCAAUUGGAAGCGAUUCUGUCACCGGCGGCGGAAGUCAAUCGAUGGAAAUUUUCACGGGGUCGAACGGAGGGGCUACUCAAAUUCAGGACACUAGAUUCAAGGACUCUGUUGAACCAGGGAUGGAAAACAGGAAUCAAUUCGGCGACAUCACCUACGCAGAGACUCGUCACAGCACUAGGCGCAACCAUUCCGGAGGAUUUCAGCACGGAUGGAACGACAUGCGAGGUACGGAGGAGAAAGUUAGCGGGACAAACGUGAAUCGCGACGGAUAUUUCAGAACGGGAAUUUACGACAGUGGAAACAGAGGACAGGUUGAAACGGAGGAGACAAUCAAUCUGAACAACGGACAGGAAUAUUCACCGAUCUACAAAGACCGAAGCGAGCAUUCAAGGAGCGGUGACAACUCGGAACGUGAAAACUUCUCCGGAGCAUCGGGACGAGUGAUUACGGAAAACGGCGAACAGCGCCAGUGGGGGAGUUCCAGGAUCCCAAACGUCGCGGUUUCCCAGGAACUGGAAAAGUUUUUCUCGAAUAUAAACCGGGAGUCCACGGCUAUAGCGACAAACACAAGAAACGGGAUGGAGUAUGUCCAGCUUGAGAGUCGGUUCAGGGUGGCCAACGGCAAGGCUUACAUCCAGUUCAAAAACGGCGAAGUUUUCGAGCUCCUAGACAGUCGUGGAAGCCCGAGCUAUACCUCGAGUCAGGAACAAGAUAGCCGGUGGCAAAGUCGCGAAGGUCGCUUGGAAGGUGGCACGGACGGUCUCGUCUACGUCGUGCUUGCGGACGGCCGCAAGUUCCGUAUUCCAGGAACUUACACGUACCAGCGAAAGGAGACCAUCACCAUCGGCGGCGGAGUCCCGCAGGAAUCAGUUUCCGGAAACUGGGCAUACGGGAGGCAGAUUACCCACACUGGAGAAUCCGCAGGGAACGGUGGAGGUUUCGGUGCCGAGGGUAACGCCUGGCGACAGGAGUCAUCGUACGAGUCAACUUACGACUCGGGACGGAAGGUGGUUAGCGGAACGCGGAGAGUUGGUUUUGAGGACCAGGGUGAAUUCAGCGGUGACAACGUCCCCGCCACCAGAACCGACGAACGUAUCAGGAGCCGAUACCGGAGGGAGACUGACGACCUGAAUAUCGCCGAGUUCAGGAAAUUCGAACACCGUAGGACCGGCAGAAAUCGCAGGGCCGACGAGCCUGAGCUCAAAGCUGAGAAUAUCGAGGAGGGGCGGGUUCAGAUGUGCAAAACCGCAAAGUGCGUUAACCUUCGAUGCACGAUUGGGCCGUUGCUCAAGAACGAGGAAGUUUGGAUCGCCAUGCGGUCGAGGAUCAAGGCUAAAACGCUCAAGGAAAUUGCGUUCAACGACAAAGUCGAACUCUCCACUCAGCUCGUUGCCCGCGUCACGCGUCAACCCUUCAUCGGCGACCUUGCUAAACCGAUCGACAAAAGCUACGAAAUAUUCACCACCGUAUAUCCGAGCGCUUCUCCCAGCGCACCUGACGUUAUACCAUUAUGGAUUGUCGUCCUGUCGGCUUGUGCCGGCGCAAUUAUUCUCUUGCUACUCAUCUUCCUACUCUACAAGUGUGGCUUCUUCAAGAGAAACCGGCCGACCGACGCAGCCGAGAGGCAGCCGCUGCGAAACGGUAACUACGACCAAUAAACUGCGCAGCACUGAUUGUUUACUCCGCCGCUAAUCGAAGCACUCCUCCAAAGAUGGUUUUCCAAACUGCGAUGAUAUGUGUCCUUGGCCAUCCAAGGAACACGGCGCGUGACGCCGACACUUGUAUCCUUGCGAAGUGGGGAAUGUUGCCGUUCAAGUUCACGUAAAAUAUGUGAACUAAUACGCGAUCGAUCGGCCAAAACAGAAAUCGCGAACAAUCCGAUUCUUAGGGAUAAACAAACGCUCGUAUCUUCUUGGUAUUCAGAGUACACAACCCAUCUUACACUCGUGUUUUGAGAAGCAUUCUUCCAUUGGCACCGCGACACUUGACACACUAUAUCACAGUCACCACUUGCCUUUACCCGUAGUUUUAAUUCCGUUGCUUUCGCAAAUACGCAUUAUGUGUAGAAACACGGUUCGUCACUUCGUGCCGGUCGGAGCAACACUGACGGAUUUGAUCGCCAACCCAAAGUUCCGAGAUGGCGCAUUCGUCGAUUUUCAAAUUUUAGCAGAGUUCGGAACCGUCUUGAGUCGAAAUUUAGAAUACUGGGAUACACAAUUCAGAAGUCAUUUUACUUAAUGUCGACGCGUACGACGAGCCUUUGAACUAGAUCUGAAUACCGCACUGUUUCACUUUACUACGAUGAAAUGUCACAGGGAAUAUUUCACCCGCUAUUAAUCACUGCAAAUUAUUAUUUAAUUACCGUGAAUCGUGUUCUUUUUACUUAUUUUAUUUUUUUUAAACAAUGAACUCUAAUCGAACGAACGACUGUUUUAUACAUUACAAUAAUAUAUUUUGAUAUUUACAAUAAUCGAAACGAGUGCCUUGAUAUUCGAACGAAAAUAAUUUUGAAUUCUAUGAUGAGAAUGAGAGAAAGAGAAUUUCACUAGCAAUUUAUAAUCACUUAUUGUACUGCCAAUGAAACUCCCUCCAGCUCCUGUAGCUCUCUUUUCAUUACAUGUAAUAUUAUAUGAGUUUCUAGUCAGAAACGUUUUUUUUAUUAUUCGGUAAUUAUUAAACAGGCUGUAGUCUCGGACAUUGAACUAAAAAUCUUUAAAAAGAAAAAAGAUAACAUCAAAAUACGUUUAGAAAUCGAAUAUACAUGUAUAUACUUACUAUUAUUAUUGUUAUUUUGUAGACAUUUCGCUCUGCACGCGUAUUAAUUUAAGUAUCAUUUACCGGCAAGAACAUUUCACUAUUUUUGCAUCUCAUACUCGUAAGUCUUAACAAUAAAAUUAAAAAUAUAAGAACACACAUAUUGUGUCUUGCUGAUAAAGCAUCACAGUCCCUUUGCUCAGAAGCUGGGGGGAGUAUAAAACAUAAUAUAAUAAUUUAUUAAAAUUACGUAUUUGUAUAGCGAAUGAUCGAAUGAUGAUAUACUUACUGUGAGAUAUACAGGGUGCCUCGUAUAACUCGCGUAUUGUAAUCCCGUCGCGGUGUUUUAAACGAAAAAUGAAAACAGCAAAGUUUGAUUGAAAUUUCUACGAUACAACAAAACUCGUUUUUUCCUCACCUCCGAUUGAAUCAAAGUGUGAAAGUUGGUAGUUUUUAACGUUGCUGAUUAUGCAAUUGGGGAAAUCAAAAAGACGACUCCAACAUGACGUUCAAAAAUGGAAAAGAAAUUACUUGGCUUAAGCUAAACUCUAUUUGAGAACGCUGAUAGUUUACAAUCCUUAUUGUUCAUGGAAAACGCUGCUACGGGCUUCCUAUACGCGAGUUACGUGACACCCUGUAGAGGCACACGCCUCGUGUAUGUAUGUAAAUUAUUAAUUCAUUACUAAAAUUAGGAAUGAUUAGUCUUACACGCAAUAAUAAUAGCUUAUACAUAUAUAUAUAUACUCAUAAUAGUGAAUAUCAAUGUUUUUGUUCUUGGCGAUAAAGAACCGUAGAUAUACAUGUAAAUACAGAAUAAGCGUUAUUAUUAAAACAAUAAUUAAUAAUACAAAAAAAAAAAAAAAAAUUACACGUUUCAUUACCUUUCACCCACCAAUUUUUUGAUGAAUAUUUGAUGAAUAGACAAACCGAUUAUUCGAAUGGGAAGAAAAUUGUUGCAAAAAUGUUGGUUCGAACAACAGAACUCGCUCUAUUUAUAUAUUUUUACUUUUAAUACUGUACGUUCAAUGUUUUCGUCCACAAUUGACGAAAAAAAUGGAAGAGCGCGGAUAAUUUUAAGAUAUAGGUAUAUACAUAUAUAUCUAUUACACGAUGUAAUGUGAUUUUUUGUUUAUUGAAAAUCAUAAUGACAUACCGAUAACAAAUAAAUGCACGAUUACCGCUAACAUUACGUAUUAACAGGUUUUUUUUUUUUUUCUUUCUAAAUGUCGCUUCACAGUGUACGUGUGACACACUUGUCACAAUUGGUAAGUUCCACAGCGGUAAAUAAUGAUAAUAAUGAUGGUAGUAAAAAUCGUAAUAGUAAUAACAAUAAGAAUAAGAAUAAUAAGUAAAUUUAUCCAAAUAUCCGAAAAUAUACUGUAUAGUAUUUUUGUUUUUUAUGGUAGGUACGCUUUGACCAAUUUUUUGUUUUUUCUUUUUCAUUGUCAAAAUUCAUAUAAAAGUAAUCUACAAUUUGUAUACCAUUAGUUUGUAAAAUAUACAUGUUAUUUCGUUACCAUGUGCAUUUUUUAUUUUUUGUAGAUACGGUUGAUUGGUCUUGUUUUUAUCUUUGUUCAAUCGAAGAAAACAGGCUCUUGUAAUUUUACAUUCAACAGGAUAGCGAGCGAAUUAUUGAACUCCAGAAAUAAAGAUGCGUAUAAACAACAGUUUACAUAAAAUUCGAUUAAUUUAAAGGGAGCGAAAUUAACUGAA